AUGGGAUUUCUAGCACGAGGUGGCACUGCUGCCACCAAGCCGGGAUCGAUCCCUAUGCACAUCUCCCUCAUCACGUUGACGUUUCAAAACUCUGCGCUGAUCCUCCUCAUGCAUUACUCCCGAAUCAUGCCUCCGUCUGGUGAUCACCGGUACUUUACCUCGACAGCCGUACUGAUACACGAAGUCAUCAAGUUUGCCAUCUCUCUCACCGUGGCCAUUUACGAAGCCUCCAAGACACUUGCGCCGAGCACACCCGCCACUGUCCUGUUUGAACAAAUUUCCAAUGGAGUCUUCUCUGGCGACGGCUGGAAGCUGGCUCUGCCAGCCGUCUUUUAUACGCUACAAAACUUGCUGCAAUACGUCGCUCUUGGCAACUUGGACCCUGUUCAUUUCCAGGUCUUGUACCAGCUAAAAAUCCUCACUACAGCAGUCUUUAGCGUUUGUCUUUUAAACCGUUAUCUGGGCGCUACGCGCUGGGUUUCUCUCAUAAUUCUCACAGCCGGCGUCUCGGUGGUUUCACUUCCUUCUGCGGGCGACUCCCUCGAAUCUCUAUUCAUCCACAACGUCGCGGACCACUUCUUCCCUCGAUCGCAACACGAGCUUGGAUUCCAACCCAACAUGGACAACAGCGAAUCACCUGCGCACCUUAGCCGCCGAUCGGCUAGCUACGAGGGAAUCAACAGCGACCAGUUUCCUUCAGAUCCCGUCAUGAACUACUCGGUCGGUCUCACGGCAGUUCUCAUUGCUGCGAUCGUGUCCGGCUUCGCAGGUGUGUACUUUGAGAAGAUUCUCAAGGAGUCUCCCUGCCACAAUAGCGUCUGGAUCCGAAACCUGCAGCUUGGCGUCUACUCGAUCCUUGCUGCUUUCUUUGGCGGCGUUGUCUGGCAGGACGGUGCCGGAAUCAUGGAGCACGGCUUCUUCGAGGGUUACAACUGGGUUGUGUGGGUCACCAUUGUGCUGCAGGCCGUUGGAGGUGUGAUUGCCAGCAUCGUCAUUAGAGAUGCCGAUAACAUCGUCAAGAAUUUUGCCACGAGCAUCAGCAUCGUGGUCAGCUUCUUUGUCAGUGUCUGGCUAUUCGACUUUCCAGUGACCCUCACGUUUCUCCUUGGUACCUCGCUGGUCCUGGCUGCUGUCUGGCUCUACAGUGCCCCCGACCGCGGCCGAUCUCGCCCAUCGCCCCUCCACAUCGCCAGCUUCGAAAAGCCUGCGAUUGAGCGAACGUUGACCCCAGGCUCGACUCCGCGAACUGUUGAUCCUAGGCGACUCAACAUGGACCCCUUUGACGCCAAGGGUCUCUCGUCGAGCCGUCCGAGCAGCCCGGCACCAACGCCGCGCCAAGUCAGCCGUACCAACUUGGCAAAGCAGCUGUAA